UAUUAUUCUAUCAUCAUAGCAACAGUAAUGGCCGCUUUUCGGAGACUGGCAGCCGUGGCGAACAGAUUAAAUGUGUGGUCCGCGCCUCGAAACGACCUCCACUGUGCUCAGACGGUAAUCGGAGGAAGGACACGAAGAUGUCUCGCCGUUGGGAUGUGUUUGGCUGCGGGAGGAGCCGUGGCGUUUUAUUUUUACAACGACGUUAACAACGAGAGCCGCAGGAAAAGGAUGGGCUGCUACCGCAUCAACGGCCGAGAUCUUCUGCCCUCCCUUCCCGCGGUCGCUGCCAAAGAAACGGCGAGGUAUGACUUUGAAGAGGGAGAGGUGCACAUGUCUUCCCAUGAGCAUCGCUUUCGGUUGUUCAGCUCAGUGGAGUACGAAGGCCAGCUCUACAUGACCCCUCAGAACUUCAUAGAGUCUGUCACCAUGAGCGAGCCACGCAACAAAAAACCCUGGAGAUCUCUAACUAAACAGGAGCUGGAGAAGAUCCUGUUAGACACACCCCCUGUAUGGAAGGGAACAUCCAAGCUGUUCCGGAACCUGAGAGAACAAGGUAUCAUAGCCUACACAGAGUAUCUGUUCCUGCUCUGCAUCCUGACCAAGCCCCAUGCCGGCUUCAAGAUCGCCUUCAACAUGUUUGAUGCCGACGGCAACCAGAUGGUGGAUAAGAGAGAGUUCCUGGUGCUGCAGGAGAUCUUCCGCAAGAAAAACGAGAAGAGAGGGAGAAAAGGAGACUUAGAGAAGUCAGCACAGCUGAGUAUGCAGCUGUAUGGAUAUCAGUUUGCUCCAAUCAACAGCGUGCUAAAGAGGGACAGUCAAGAGCUCGUUACCAGGAGCUACUGGGACGUUCUGAGGCGCGGCGCGAGUCACGCGCUGUUCUCUGACCUGGCAGAGCGUGCAGAUGAGGGGAUGAUGAUCGACACCACGCUAUUGGUUCAUUUCUUCGGGAAGAAGGGCAAGGCGGAGCUUACCUUCGACGACUUCUACAGAUUCAUGGACAACCUGCAGACGGAGCUGCUGGAGAUCGAGUUCCUCACCUUCUCCAAGGGCAUGACCACCAUCAGCGAGGAGGAUUUCGCCAGGAUCCUGCUGAGGUACACCAACGUGGAGAACAUCAGCAGCUACCUGGAUAACGUACGCCAGGCCAUCCCCGACGAGAAGGGGAUCACCUUCGAUGAGUUCCGCUCCUUCUUCCAGUUCCUCAACAACCUGGAGGACUUUGCGAUCGCCAUGCAGAUGUACAACUUUGCCAGCAGAUCCAUAGGACAGGAUGAGUUUGCGCGGGCGGUGUAUGUGGCCACGGGGCUGAAGCUGACACGACACCUGGUCAACACCAUCUUCAAGAUCUUCGACGUGGACCACGACGACCAGCUCAGCUACAAGGAGUUCAUCGGCAUCAUGAAGGACAGGCUGCACAGAGGAGCCAGGGGCUACAAGGCUGUGGAGAGGUUCACUUCCUUCAGGUCGUGUCUGAAGAAGGAGCUGGCUGGCAGAUAAGUAUCUGACCUCUGACCCCUAACCCCUGACCUCUGGGACAAGCCCCUGUAGGGCUUUCUGAGCUGUAACUGUGUCUAUCAAGGAGCCUCCUAAUCCCUCAGUCAAUACUGCGCAUGCUCCUUCAGGUUGACCCUGCAUCCAGAUUCACUCUUUGUUCGAAUCCUGUGUUUGAUUCACAUGCACAUUCAGACACCCCAAUUUGACUCCCAUUUGAAUCCCGCCUGGUAGUUAACCCAUGUUGAUGGCUCCUGUGCACCAGGUGAGCAGCUCCCGUGGCAUGUCCUUCCCCACCUGUGUGAGGGCGGAAGGAAGGAAACAUGUCCGCCAGCUCUGGAGGAGGUUCACCGAGAAGACCUAGAGAAGAGGAGAGAGGAGGAGGAGAGAGAAGAGGAGCAGAGAG